GCUCUUAUACUGUUCUGCCUAUCCUAAAAUAGUUGGUUUGUUUUGGUAUAACUUGGGGAGCGUGGGAGAUAAGGAGAGGGAUGUCUUUUCACUUGACCACUGAAAAAUGUUUGGGGAAGGUUGGUAUUGCCUGUCACCUUUGUCUAAUCCUGUGUGGUGACUUUAUUCUCAGAUUUAAAACUCCAGUGUUUCCUGUGAGGCAUGUGUACCAAGUUUGGCCAUAUAACUCAAUUUUUUUUUCCCCUUCCUUCCCUUCUUUAUCUUCUUUUUUGCUUUUCUUCUCCAGCUAUGCUCCCCAUGUCUUCAGCCAUGAAUGUCACUGCUGCCUUAGGGCAGCCUCUACCUACCCUUCCCUCUCCUUGCUCCCUAGCCCCCCAACAAUGCCCUCUGGCAACUGCUAACCAACCUUCCCCAUUCCCUUCCCCUUCUACUAUUGCCUCAACCCAUGCUGAAAUUCCUUUUCCCCACUCAUCCUCUGGAUCAGCCCUGCCUUUGGGAAAUGCCUCUGACACCCCAACUUUCCUACCAAACCUAAUGGGGCCUCCCAUCUCCCCAGCUGCCUUAGCUCUGGCCUCUCCCAUGAUAGCUCCAACUCUGAAAGGGGCCCAUUCCUCUUCAGGUCCCUUGGCUCUGGUUGCCUUGGCUCCCCACUCAGUUCAGAAGAGUUCUGCUUUUCCACCUAACCCACUUACUCCACCUCCUUCAGCUAUAGCUGAGUCAGGGUCAGUGAUAUCUCUGUCAGCUCCCACUGUUCUCUCAGAACAGACUUCUAUUCAAGUUCCCUCUCAGGUAGUCCCUAAUCCAGAAGGUAUCCCAAGUCCUCCAGGUAGAAUCAGUGCUGUUCCUUCCCACCUCAUAACUCCCUUGGCCUCUGUACAAUCUGGAGUAGCCUCCUGUCCUCAAACACCACCACCUACCACUUCCCUAGCCAUCACUUCCCCUGAGGUCAAAGGUAUCCCCAUUUCCUCAGCUCCUACUUCUCUACAAAACCCAGAAAGCUUCAACCUAAAGGGGCCUGUUAGUCCACCUGCUGCUUUAUCUGUUUCAGCCCAGUCUAUGCCUGUGGCGACAUCUUCUCAAAAGACUGUGGCUCUCAACAUCCCACCAGUUUUUCCCACGUCUUUGGGCUCUUUAGAGCAGAGUUCUUUUGAUUCACCUGUCCAACCUUUAAGUCAGACAGAUCCUAAUGCUCUGUCAGAUCCUAUAGUAAAUACCAUUUCUGUAGAUCAUUCUAACAUGGGGGCCUCUUAUCCUUCUCAGAGAUCUGUAAUUCCUCCCCUUCCUUCCAGAAAUGAGGUAGUUUCUGCUGCUGUGACUGCUCUUCCAUUGGUGGCUCCAGCUUUUCCUCUGACUGUUGACAAAGGCCCCUCUACCAUCACUAGCAUGACCUCCUAUAACCCUUCUGGUUCCCCAGAUGUAGCUGCCACUUCUGCAUUAUCUCCUACAGCCUCUCUCAGAGGCUCUCCUAAUGCCACUACUCAGCCUUUGGUGGCCCAGAUUCCUGUUUCUCCAGAAAGUCCAGGCUUGAAAGAAACUCCUGUUUCUUCUGUUGGAACCACCCCAGUUGCAAUGACUAACCCCUCUACAAUGUCUGCAGUAUCUAUUCCCUUUGAGGUAGCUACUUACGUCUCUCCUCCAAUUUCAUCAGGUCUCAUUGGUAGUAAAAAACCAACUUCCCCUACUGCCCUGGUUACGGCACCGGUGACGCCCAAGGAGCUUUCUGCUCAAGUAGCAGCUACUCUGGGGAUACCAGUUUCUCCUCCUCUGCCAGACCCUGAAGACCUCAAAAAUCUCCCUACUUCAGUAUUGGUAAAAUUCCCACCACAAAAAGAUCUCCAAACUGUACCUGGCUCUCCUGUAGGAGCUUCUAUUUUUCCAGCCCAGGCAGGACUCCCUACCAAGAAAGACCCUAGUCUACCACCAUUGACUCUGGCAGCCCCUAAAAAUUUCCCCUCUCCCCAAAGUUCAUCAUCACCUCUGGAAAUGUCUCUUUCUCUUGAAGCUACCCUAGCAAAGAAAAGCCUUGCAGGGCCCCUCCCCAUAGGUAAGCUGGCCAGUGCUACUCAGUCUCCCCAAGGUGUUAACUCCCCAGUCUCUAUAAUCAGUACAGAUCCUUAUGCAAGCCCAGACCCAGAUAGUCUGCUUCUCAAAAGUUCUCUCACUACCACAACGACUGCCUUUCCUUUGGAAAGUGCUGACCCUGCUGAGGUGGCUCCUACAGCUGCCAAAGGUACCUCCACACCUACAACUACAGCCAGCCUAGAAGGAACUGUCUCUUUAGCUCCUGAAAAUCACCCAGCUAAGAAUGGUACUUCCACUCUUACUACCUUAUCUGUGGUUCCUACAACCUCUGAAAGUUGCCCUGUGACUCCAGCUACUUUGGCACUGGUCCCUGAAGUUCCCAAGUCUAUUCCUUCUUCUGUUCCCCCAGCUGGGACUCUUUCAGGUACAAAGAAAGUUGAUGGUAUUUUUCAUAGCUCAGCAUUGGCAUCUGUCACUUGCUCUCCUGAAGGAUGCCCAACUAAGAACUCUGGUGCUUCUGUUACUGCAUCUUCCAAAGGAACCCUGACUUGCCUAGCUGAUUCCCCAUCUCCUUUAGGGAUUAGUGUAUCUCAGACUAAAAGACCUCCAACCAAGCAGGGUUCUGCUUUACCUGAUGGUUCUGUUAGAAAUCUCUCAUCCCCUGUUUGUCCAGUUGAAGCUUCCUUUCUUCCAGUGGCCAGUCUUUUUCAAGACCCUAAAGGCUCACCAGCCACGAAAAAUUCUCUCAUUCCUCCAUCCCCCAAAGGGGUACCUCCUUCCUCUCCUAAAGGGAUAACCGUAUCCCCCACAGAGAUUCCCAUUCCCUCAGUUAUGAUGCCUCUCUCCCCCAAAGAGGGCCCACCUACCCCAUCCUCUAAAAGGGCCCCAGCCCCCAAAGGGGUACCUACUUCGGAAGCUGUAACUACACCCUCCCCUACAGAGGCUCUGGGAGCCCCCAUUCCCCCAGCAGUGACUCCUUCCCCUAAAGGGACCCCCACUCCCCCAGCAGUGAUUCUUCCCUCCCUCAAAAAAGCUCCAGCAACCUCAGCUCCCCCAUCCUCUAAAGGGGAUCCCACUCCCCCGAUAGUGACUCCUCCCUCCCCCAAAAAGGCCCCAACAACCCCAGCUCCCAAAGGAGACCCAGCUACCCCAUCCUCCAAAGGUGAUCCUACUCCCCCAGAAGUGACUCCUCUCUCCCCCAAAGAGGCCCCAGCUACCCCAUCCUCCAAAGGGGAUCCUAUUCCCCCAACAGUGACUCCCUCCCCCCAAAAGGCCCCAGCAACCCCAGCUCCCAAAGGAAGCCCAGCUACCCCAUCCUCCAAAGGGGAUCUCACUCCCCCAGAAGUGACUCCUCCCUCCCCCAAAGAGGCCCCAGCAACCCCAGCUCCCAAAGGAGGUCCAGCUACCCUAUCCUCCAAAGGGGAUCCCACUCCCCUAGCAGUGACUCCUCCCACCUCCAAGGAGACCCCAGUUCCCAAAGGAGGCUCAGCUACCCCAUCCUCCAAAGGGGAUCCCACUCCCCGAGCUGUGACUGCUCCGUCCCCCAAAAAGACCCCAGCUCCCAAAGGAGGCCCAGUUAGCUCAUCCUCCAAAGGGGAUCCCACUCCCCCAAGAGUGACUCCUCCCUCCCCCAAAGAGGCCCCAGCAACCCCAGCUCCCAAAGGAGGCCCAGCUAGCUCAUCCUCCAAAGGGGAUCCCACUCCCCCAGGAGUGACUCUUCCCUCCUCUAAAAAGACCCCAGCUCCCAAAGGAGGCCCAGCUAGCUCAUCCUCCAAAGGGGAUCUCAUUCCCCCAGCAGUGACUACACCCUCUCCUAAGAAGUCCCCAUCCUCCAAAGGAGGCCCAGCUACCCCAUCUUCCAAAGGGGAGCCCACUCCCCCAGCAGUGACUGCUCCCUCCCCCAAAAAGGCCCCAGUUCUCAAAGGAGGCCCAGCUACCCCAUCCUCCAAAGGGGAUCCCACUCCCCCAACAGUGACUCAUCCUUCCCCCAAAGAGGCCCCAGCUACCCCAUCCUCCAAAGGGGAUCUCACUCUCCCAGGAGUGACUUUUCCCUCCCCCAAAAAGACCCCAGCUUCCAAAGGAGGCCCAGCUAGCUCAUCCUCCAAAGGGGAUCCCACUUCCCCAGCAGUGACUCCUCCUGCCCCCAAAGAGGCCCCAGCAACCCCAUCUUCUAAAGGGGAUCCCACUCCCCUAGCAGUGACUGCACCCUCCCCUAAAAAGGCCCCGUCCUCCAAAGGAGGCCCAGCUACCCCAUCCUCCAAAGGGGAUCCCACUCCCCCAGGAGUGACUCCUCCCUCCUCCAAAGAGGCCCCAGCAACCCCAGCUCCCAAAGGAGGCCCAGCUACCCCAUCAUCCAAAGCAGAUCCCACUCCACCAGCAGUGACUCCUCCCACCCCCAAAAAGUCCCCAGCAACCCCAUCCUCCAAAGGAGAUCUGACUGCCCCAGGAGUGAGUAUACCCUCGCCCAAAAAGGCCCCAGCAUCCAAAGGAGGCCCAGCUACCCCAUCUUCCAAAGGGGAUCCUACUCCCUUAGAAGUGACUCCUCUCUCUCCCAAAAAAGCCCCAGCAGCUCAAGCUCCCAGAAGAGGCCCAGCUACCCCAUCCUCCAAAGGAGAUCCCGCUCCCCCAGCAAUGACUCUUCCCUCCCCCAAAAAGGCCCCAGCAACCCCAGCUCCCAAAGGAGGCACAGCAACCCCAUCCUCCAAAGGAGAUCCCACUCCCCCAGUAGUAACUCCUUCUCCCAAAAAAGCCCCAGCUCCCAAAGGAGGCUCAGCUACCCCAUCCAAAGGAGAUACCACACCCCCAGCAGUGACUCCUCCCUCCUCCAAAGAGGGCCCAGCAACUCCAGUCCCCAGAGGGGCCUCCACUCUCCCAGCCGUGACUCCCUACCCCAAAGAAACUUCAUCCAAAGAGGCCCCAUCCACUAAAGAGGCCCCCAUUCCCUCAGACAUGACUUCUCCCUCACCCAAAGGGACCCCAGUUUCCACAUCCCCCAAAGAGGCCCCUACUCCAGCUAUGGCUCCUCUGUCCCCGCAAAAGACUCCAUCAACUCCAGUCCUCAAAGGGGCCCCUACUUCCCCACCUAUGACUUCUUCCUCCCCCAAAGACUCCCCUAUCUCCCCAGUUUCAGUGACAUGUACCAUGGAGUCUAUUGCCCCUCAAGCAGCACCUAAAGGGCUUCCAGCAAAGAAGGGACCCACAGCUGUCAAAGAAGCACUUGUUGCCCCAGCUCCCACUCAGAAAGGUACACAGGCCAAGAAGAGUUCUGCUACUUCGCCUCCUGUGUUCCCAGAUCCCUCUGCUAAGAAUGGUACUAAAGGACCCCUUUCCACAGUGGCUCCAGCACCUCUACUCACAGUCCCUGCUCAGAAAGGCUCUUCAAAGCCUGCAAAAGCUCUCCUUAUUUCUCCUGAGAAAGGCAAAGAUUCUCUUCAUUCCCCAGAGAGCCCCUUGGCUCCUCCUGAGUCUAAGGCAUCUACCCCUCUGGCAGCAGCUGCCUCUGAAAAGGUCCUUCCUAAAGGUGUAUCAGCAUCUGUCUCUCCAGCAUCCACCCCACCAGUCUCUCUGCCUCUUACUCCCACCCCAGUUCCCCCUCUGCUUCCUAAACAGCAAUUUCUGCCGUCCUCACCUGGGCUGGUGAUGGAAUCACCCUCUAAGCCCCUAGCCCCUGCUGAUGAGGAUGAGCUGCCGCCUCUGAUUCCCCCGGAACCAAUCUCUGGGGGAGUGCCUUUCCAGUCGGUCCUCGUCAACAUGCCCACCCCCAAACCUGCUGGAAUCCCUGCCCCAACCCCCUCUGCCAAGCAGCCUGUUCUGAAGAACAACAAGGGGUCUGGAACAGAAUCUGACAGUGAUGAAUCAGUACCAGAGCUCGAGGAACAAGAUUCCACACAAGCAACCACACAACAAGCACAGCUGGCAGCAGCAGCUGAAAUCGAUGAAGAACCAGUCAGUAAAGCAAAACAGAGUCGGAGUGAAAAGAAGGCACGGAAGGCUAUGUCCAAACUGGGUCUUCGACAGGUUACAGGAGUUACUAGAGUCACUAUCCGGAAAUCUAAGAAUAUCCUCUUUGUCAUCACAAAACCAGAUGUCUACAAGAGCCCAGCUUCAGAUACCUACAUAGUUUUUGGGGAAGCCAAGAUCGAAGAUUUAUCUCAGCAGGCACAGCUAGCGGCUGCUGAAAAAUUCAAAGUUCAAGGUGAAGCUGUUUCAAACAUUCAAGAAAACACACAGACUCCAACUGUACAAGAGGAGAGUGAAGAGGAAGAGGUUGAUGAAACAGGUGUGGAAGUUAAAGACAUAGAAUUGGUCAUGUCACAAGCAAAUGUGUCGAGAGCAAAGGCAGUCCGAGCCCUGAAGAACAACAGUAAUGAUAUUGUAAAUGCUAUUAUGGAAUUAACAAUGUAACCAUCUGAAAACAAGGACUUUUUUUGGUGUUUCAAAAGAGUAACUGCAGCUUGGCUUGAAAUUUGUACUGUUUCUAUUAUUAAUAAAGUUAUGGCUUCUUGUUGGAUGAA